GGCUCGUCAGAACAGAGAAGUACCAGAGGGCUUGCUACAGGUAGUAGAGCUCUGAGAUGCAGAUAUUCCUACUUAGGCAUCUUGCAAAGUGCUAUUUAAGUUUCUUUUAGGCGUAAAGGUAACGGAUUGCGCACAACGGAGCGCCUGGCGCGAAAGAUCAGGGUCAUUGUAACGAGAGUCCGCGCACACAUUUCAGCACGUUGGACAGCGCACGGCGCCGCAGAGGCGGUGCGUGGAUUCAACCGGUGGCUUUUUCAAGCAGAGCAGCAGAGUGAGAGGACCACUGAGUGUUACGUAAAAACUCUCUCUGCUCCACACGUGCGAGAGGUUUUGCAUUCUCCUCGCGGAUCACUUGGACUACUGUUCUUUUGUUCUUUAUAACACCGAGGCUCUCUGCCGUGUGGGAAGGCGUGCCGCUGCCUGACUUCCAGAAGCCGUGCCGAGCAGCGUGGAAUAGCUGGGAGACUGUGAGGCGGGCGGAGUGGUGCCGUGGUGCCUAAAGAGACCCUCCAUUUAUAAGGAUGCUGGUGGGAAAUGCCUGGAGACAGAGAUGACGAGAUUUGUCAAAAGGCACUGGAACUCCUGUCAGAUCUUUGCUCCAAAGGGGAAGUGCAGAACGAGAACUGUCUGGAUUUUAUCUACUAUUUCCGAGACCUCGCCAGGCCACGGUACACGGAUUCAGAUAUAUCGGUGAGUCUGCUGUCACUGGUCGUGACCGCCUGUGGCUUGGCCCUAUUUGGAGUCUCCCUCUUUGUCUCAUGGAAGCUCUGCUGGAUACCAUGGAGGGAGCGCGGGCUCUCUCCCACCACCAAGGAGGCCCAUGGGCACCUCAACCCCACGAUGAGCCCCCUGCCUGCACAGCCUGCACCCAGGCAGCCGGUUUACACGGCCGUGGACCCCCCGAUGCACAACCGCCGUGAGUCAUCGCACUGCUCCAUGGCCAGAGAGCCCACUCCUAUGGCGUCUGUUGUGUCGGUGGAAGCUCCUGUGACUCCAGUGUCACCCCCACCUGUGGUCAUGGCCACACCAGAGGCAGCUAUGAAGAUCAGCCACACAUCUCCAGACAUACCGCUGGAUGCCCAGAGUAAAAGCCGGGAAAAUGGGGUUCAUACUAACCCUCGUAUGCAGAGACAGACCACUGAGCCUUCUCCCUCUGGUCGCUCAAUGUCGGAAAUUGGACAAGGGUCCAUUCGUAGACAUAUGAACCUCUCUAACCCAGACUUCAACGUGGCUCAGUUCCAAAGGCAGGACUCCCUCACAGGAAUGGGCCUGGGCCUUGGCCGCCUCAAACCGGAGCUCUACAAACAGCGCUCCCUCGAAGGGGAUGAAGGCAGUCGGAGAGGCGGAGGCUGUGGUUGCCUCCACUUUAUCCUCAAAUUUGACUGUGACCUGGAACAGUUAAUAGUUAAGAUCCACAAAGCAGAGGACCUCCCAGCCAAGGACUUCUCCGGUACCUCAGACCCUUAUGUUAAGAUCUACCUGCUGCCCGACCGUAAGACCAAGCACCAGACCAAGGUGCACCGCAAGACGCUGAACCCAGUGUUUGACGAGGUCUUCCUGUUUCCUGUGGCGUACUCUGAGCUUCCCACGCGUAAGCUGCACUUCAGCAUCUACGACUUCGAUCGCUUUUCACGCCAUGACAUUAUCGGUCAAGUGGUGGUGGACAACUUUCUGGAUCUGGCAGAUUUCCCCAGGGAGACAAAGCUCUGCCGGGACAUUCAGUAUGUCUCCUCGGAUAACGUGGACCUUGGGGAUCUGAUGUUUUCCCUCUGUUACUUGCCUACUGCGGGGAGAUUGACCAUUACCAUGAUAAAGGCUCGCAAUCUCAAGGCCAUGGAUAUCACUGGUGCAUCUGAUCCAUAUGUGAAGGUUUCACUAAUGUGUGACGGUCGCAGACUGAAAAAGAGGAAGACAUCGACAAAGAGGAACACUUUGAAUCCAGUGUAUAAUGAAGCCAUUGUCUUUGAUGUCCCUCCAGAAAACAUAGAGCAGAUCAGCCUUUUGAUUGCAGUGAUGGAUUAUGACCGUGUAGGCCAUAAUGAGGUCAUUGGUGUGUGUCGAGUUGGCAAUGAUGCAGACAACCUCGGUCGGGACCACUGGAGUGAAAUGCUCACAUAUCCUCGAAAACCUGUCGCCCACUGGCAUCCUCUGGUUGAGUACCAGGGGACCACAGGUAGUAGCCAGGGUGGAUCCUGUAAUUCUCUGAAGACGCCUCCCUCCCCGUAGCCCUGAGCAACUAUUCACAUUAUAGAGCACUGAUCAACCUGAAGUCCCUGCUGUACGUUUGGACAGUGGUGCUGCUCAGUGUUGCGCUCAUAUGGUCCUAACAGAAAAAUGCAGACAUCCAUGAACAACUAUGGAAGAGAGAGACACAAACUGUCUUGAGCUCUGCUCAGUUGCAUCAGUUGCAUGUUGAAUGACCGCAAAUGGAUGUUUUCUUUUCUAUAAUGUCCCAUAAGAAAAACAACAGGCAUAUACAGACAUUUUAGGUCUGUGCUAUUCCUGGGUUUAUAAAGUCAUUACUGUUUUUUACAUAGUCUUGUUACUUGUUUCAAUGAGGUGAGUCUGUAUUUGCACAAUGUACUUACAACCAGUUGAACUGCCAUAGCGUUUUUUAAUUUGGUGGUGAAUUGGUGCAUGAGGUCAUGGUUUGGUGGGAUAUCUCCUCCUUGUUUGUUUGUUUCUGUUUCUAUUUUUGGAAAACGAUGUGUUGUUCUGUCAGAUGAUGUGCAGUGACAGUUAAUUUCUAGGUAAAGUAUCUGUAAGUAAAAUAUGUUAAAUGUUAUAAAUAAAUAUUAUUCCAUAAAAAAAAAAAACAAC